AUGGUGAAUCCUGACAGCUCGGACUCUGACGAGAAGUCCAAGGCAUCCGAGGAGCUCCCGAAGAAGGGAUCCACGGUCAAGCCCCCUGCGAGCAGUCCACCACAUGAGCGCCCCACCGAGCAGACCUCGGAGGGGACGUCUCCGCCCGCCGAGCUGGCGGACACCGGACAUGUCCGGUCCGGCCGGACGAACCCGCGCCACCGCCCGCAGCCAAUCGAAGGGCGCCACGUCACCCGUGCCCGCGCCCACUUCGCCGCCCGCCGUCGCAGCCCGCAGGGCCCACGGGAGGCCCUCCCGGCCCAGAUCCCGCGCCCCCGCGCGAGCCUCCACCUCCGCCCGUGCGCCGCCUGGGUUCGCUGCGCCUCGCCGCCAACGCUCGUCUCCGCCGCCGUCCGACGCCAUCGCCGGCGCUCCCCGCCGCCUCGUCGCCGUCCGCUGGUCGCCGGACCCGCGCCGCCCCUCGCCGCCUCUUCCACUCCCGCCGGCGCCGCGCCCCCGGGUCGCCGCCCGACGCCCUCGCCGACCGCCUCCGCGUCAAGCCCGUCCUCGAGCUCCGCCGGACAUGUCCGGUCCGGCCGGACGAACCCGCGCCGCCGCCCGCAGCCAAUCGGAGGGCGCCACGUCACCCGUGCCCGCGCCCACUUCGCCGCCCGCCGCCGCAGCCCGCAGGGCCCGCGGGAGGCCCUCCCAGCCCAGAUCCCGCGCCCCCCGCGCGCCUCCACCUCCGCCCGUUCGCCGCCUGGGUUCGCCGCGCCUCGCCGCCAACGCUCGUCUCCGCCGCCGUCCGAUGCCAUCGCCGGCGCUCCCCGCCGCCUCGUCGCCAUCCGCCGGUUGCCGGACCCGCGCCGCCCUCGCCGCCUCCUCCACUCCCGCCGGCGCCGCGCCCCCGGGUCGCCGCCCAACGCCCUCACCGACCGCCUCCGCGUCAAGCCCGUCCUCGAGCUCCGGCGAGCAGCUGCCUUGGUGUCCGUGCCCACCGAACCCUAG